AUGCGACUGGAAUGUGGAAUGUGGCAAAUUAGAAAAUGGGUCAAUGACCAUAACUGCUUGGGCGACAUGAUUAGAAAUAACAAUACAAGCCUGACGGCUUCUGUUAUUUCAAGGCACAUACUCCGUAGCAUUGAAGAUGAUCCUGGAUUAAAGGUCAAGAACAUACUAAGUUUCAUUAAAAAAAACUUGAAGUUUGAUGUGUCUCACAAAAAAGCUUGGUAUGUCAGACGUAAAGCAAUUGAGCUUGUGUUUGGAUCUUGGGAGGCAAAUUUUACAGAACUACCACAGUAUCUCGAUGCUCUGGUGCAAUCCAAUCCAUGCACCAUGGUGGAGUGGUCACAUCAUUCGGAUAGUUCGGAUCGAGUUAAGACUUUUAAGUAUGUAUUCUGGGCUUUUGGACCGGCUAUUGAAGCAUUUCACGUGUGCAGGCCGAUUAUAUGUGUUGAUGGCACUCAUUUGCGUGGCGAAUACAAGGGCAAACUCCUUGUUGCAGUCACUCAAGAUGCGAACAACAAGAUUCUGCCAAUUGCUUAUGCCAUAGUUGAUGAGGAGACGAUUUCCAGUUGGUCGUGGUUCAUGGAACAAUUAAAAUAUAAUGUGGCACUUGAUCGACAUCCUAUCUGUCAUCCCAUAUGCUGUAUGGAGACACGAGUCGUCGAGCGCAUUGACCAGACCGAGACAAUGAUGACAGAACGACUCGACAGACGUGAUCGCUGUCUUCGUGCGAUCGAGGAUCAUUUCCAUAUCCGCUGGUCACCUACUCUGACGCCUCAGCAGGAGGAGGGGCAUAUUGGUACAUCACAGGGUCCUCAUGGAAAUGAGGAGGCAGUAGACCCUCGUUCUUAG